UUGCCUCACAGUUCGGAGCGCGAACCAAUCAUGUAGCCAGCUUCCCCUCUGAUCACGCGCUGGAUUUACAAUUCCGAGCAGCUGCUUUAAAAAAUAACUUGGAGCGAACGUAACGGUCGCCAUGGGGCAACACGGCGCCAAGACUCUCGUAUUCUUUAGUAGUUUUAAGGUGAUGGGGAAGCAAGGUGAACAUUCGCGCUAGACAAACAACUCAACUACAAGAGAGAAAUGAGUUUGAGGUGAUGAUAAGAUGUUGAAACGGACUGUAUCUCGUUAUACUGGAGAGAGGAAUGAGACACGCGCUGAUCAACCAGAGGCGACACAGAUUCAUGGCUCAACUGUUCUCAACUUCUGUUGAAAGGCAGCUGGAAUGACUCGCUUUUUACAAGUACGGGAAAUACAGAGAUACUGUAUAUUCAAAUAUACCCUUUUACAUUAAUAUGCGCAGUCCGCUCUGAAGUUUUUCUCUUUACUUCUUCAGGUUGCGUGAAUAACUUUACUAACCAAACCUCGGAGAACAAGUUGGUCCGGGAUGCCAGAAAAUAUCGCCUUUCUGACGAACAGCACAGAAUUGGGGCACGUCGGUCGCGCGUUGGGUUCGAGCGCGCGCCCCGCCUGGGCAAUAGCGGUGCUGGCCAGCGUGCUGAUCUUCACCACUGUGGUGGAUGUUUUGGGUAACCUGUUAGUCAUAAUUUCGGUGUUCAGGAAUCGGAAACUGAGAAAUGCUGGUAAUGUGUUUGUUGUCAGUCUGGCCUUCGCUGACCUGGUGGUGGCUUUCUAUCCCUACCCGCUGGUGUUGUACGCAAUCUUCCAUGACGGCUGGUCUCUGGGGGACAUCCAGUGUAAAGUCAGCGGCUUCCUAAUGGGCUUGAGCGUGAUCGGUUCCGUUUUCAACAUCACCGGCAUCGCCAUCAACCGUUACUGCUACAUCUGUCACAGUUUUGCCUACGGACGUCUCUACAGCUACCGUAACACGCUGCUGUUAGUGGCCCUGAUCUGGGCGCUCACUGUGCUAGCCAUUCUUCCCAACUUCUUUGUGGGCUCUCUGAGUUACGACCCCCGUGUUUACUCCUGCACCUUCACGCAGACUGCCAGCAGCUCUUACACUGUGGUGGUGGUGGUUGUUCACUUCCUGGUGCCCAUCGCUGUGGUGACCUUCUGCUACCUGAGGAUUUGGGUUCUGGUGAUACAGGUAAGGCGGAAAGUGAAGAGUGAGGAACGCUCCAGGGUGAGGCCCAGCGACCUGCGCAACUUCGUCACCAUGUUCGUGGUGUUCGUUUUGUUCGCGAUCUGCUGGGCUCCCCUCAAUCUCAUCGGACUGGUGGUGGCCAUCAACCCAGAGGUCAUGGCUCCACGUAUUCCAGAGUGGCUCUUUGUGGUCAGCUACUUUAUGGCCUAUUUCAACAGUUGCCUCAACGCCAUCAUUUACGGACUCCUCAAUCGGAACUUCCGAAAGGAGUAUGUACGGAUCAUGACUUCGGUGUGGAUUCCUCGGAGGUUUGUGACUGAGACCUCCAGGGCCGCCACAGAUGGGAUAAGAAGUAAACCCUCGCCAGCCAUCAAUAACAACGAGUGACUUUUAUUUUCAGCCAAUCACUGUUCAAAAGGAAACAUCAUGGAUGCAUGAAGCAAAUUUAUACACUUGGAACUGUGAACACUUGACUUUUUUUAAUGCUACAAAACCGUUAUACACAACUCAGGGUGCUUGUUUUAUUUUUGAUGUUGUGAUCCAUUCCAAAACACUGAAAUAUUUAACUCGCAAUUUAUAAUGAAAAUUAAAUGAAGUACCUUUUAAAUACAUGUAUGUAUGGACUGUUUAUGAUCCACGACUAUUUAUUGAAGACAUUUUGUACAAUUUUGUGGGUCUGUUGUAUAUAUGUUGUAUAAAUCAGUAUGCUUCACAUCUUUAUCAAUUCAGAAAUUCUGCCUUACACUUGAACUUUCACAUGAAAUAUGUAAAAAAUGCAUUAAUUCAAGGUGCCAAAUGUUAACACAUUGACAGCAAGUAUCUGAUAUACCAAAUCAGUUUGUCAUCAAACCAAAUGAGAUUCUGAAAGCAUCCUAAUUUAAAUGUAACGUCAACAGCUCUUUAAUGAGCGAAGAGCUUCCAGCACAGCAAGAUAAAGCACAAACUUAAAAAAAGCACCUCAUGUGGAUUCCGCUAAGAAAAAUUUAGCUUUUUCAAAGUGAACGGUGACAGCGUGCGGUCAGUCAGUCUUCAGUUUCAAUUUGUGUUCACCUCUUAUCUUUUAAAAAUUAAAUGUCAUUCAAGACUUUGGGGUUAUUACUUUGUCAGGAAUUGUGCAGGACUCUAAAACCGUACAUUUUCUUCAGCAAAUGAUCUGUGAGCAAAACGCAACCUGAAUUUCAAUUAAGAUAAAGGUUACUGGCAAAAAGGGAAAGUAUUAACGAGACCUGGUUUUUGAAUGUAUUAUUGUUAUCUGUGCUUGUUUUUACUUGAUUUGACAAUGUGCGUUUUAAUCCUUUCGACAUUACGAGACGUUCCAUGCAGUGGGAUUGUGCUGUGUGAGAACAUGCUUCGCCAUUGACCUCAAUAAAACAAAGGAACCGAACUGAUGAAAGCCAAGUCUAUUGGUGAUUGCGCAACCGCUCUCUGGUAUGAAUGGGCGAUGAAGGGAUUAUAUGGAGAGAUUGGGAUGAGCUUGCUCCUUAUGGCCACAUCUGCACAGGGAAUUAUGGGGGAUGUGUGGCUGGCGUCCCAGCAGAUGGGGGACUGAGGUGGUUGAUAACAUAAACACUUGGCCAAGUUGAGAGCCAUCUUGUCUUCAAUCUGCUGAAUGCAUUAUCCAGAGGGGUUUCAGAUAGGGAGUCGGUUUGAAAACCGUAGCAGAGAUUCAAUGGGAGUAGACAAGCCUUUGGAAUAUAGAGUACAAUUAGUGAAAAAACUAAAUGGACAAUUUCAGGCUAUUUUGCAAGCUUCUCGUAAUUUAAAGUAGUCACAGUAAAGCUACUCUUUUGAACGUUACCUACACUCUUAGAAUAUAAGGUUCAGUGGGGUUCUAUAUACAGUAAAAGGAUGCUUGGCUCAAUUUUAAAGAACACUUUAAGGUUCUAUAUAAGGAGAAAUGUCUUAAAUGAUUGCAUAAUACUUUGAUUUUUAAUGGGUAAUUUCAUUAUUUUCAAGUGAUAAAAUAUAUUUAUGAGCUGUUCAAUACAUAAAAUGUAAUCAAAAUAAAAACAAUGGUUUAAAACAAAAUUGAUUAAUUAAAACUAAAUCCAUAAAAUGAUCCCAUGAUGGGAACCCCUAAAAUGUUCUAUAUAUGAAGCACCUGACAAAACCCUUUAAUAAUGAUGCAUUUUAUUUGUAAUGCACUUUUCUUAAAUCUAAAGUGCUACAGUGAAAUAAAACAAAAACAACAAUAAAAACAAUACAAUGAUGUGUUUCUGAUGGUGAGAGGAAGUGCAUUCCAUUGCUUGGGGGCUUUGAAUGAAAAAGCUCUUUCCCCCAUGGUCUUAAGUUUACAUGAAGGCUGAUGAAGUAAAAGAGAGUUGACAGAACGCGUGAUGGAGAGUGUGAUGAAGUGUAAGAACUAAUAAAAUCACAAAG